AUGUCAAACAGUUUGUUUCAUCAAAACUGUAACUAUUCUGGAUAUUUAAAACCUGGUAGCAUCUAUUAUGUGUACAAUCCUAACUACCCUAACAUUUCUAACGGCCGACAAUACUGCAGGUGGUUCGCGGAAAGUAAUUAUCGCAUUAGAUUAACGUGCGAUAAUUUCAACAUUCCGUGGAAUGUUAGAUGCACCUUGGAUAGAUUAACUGUAUAUGUGAAUGAUUCUGCAUCUCAAUCUUAUUGCGGCAAUGAACCAUUUAGUAUAGAAUCGACAGGAAGAUUUAUGAUUAUUGAAUUAUCAACUUUAUUUUGGUCAUCGGGGAUUAAGUUUCUGUGCGAGCUGCAAGCAAUCGACGAAACGGACAAUGGUGAUGAUUCUUGUAGAUGCGGAUGGAAAAAGUCGACGAAAAUAGUGGGAGGUAUGGAAACUGGCGUGAAUGAAUAUCCUAUGAUGGCUGGUCUUGUUGAUUCUCUUCAAGCGGAGGUAUUUUGCGGAGCGACUAUCAUAUCCGAAAGACAUGUGUUAACUGCCGCGCAUUGUUUAGGGAAUAUAGACCCAAGUACUGUGGGUGUACUUGUGGGAGAUCACGAUCUUACCACGGGUGCAGAUACAAAUGCCUCGCGCCUCUACACUAUAUCUAGAUUUUACGUGCAUCCUCUAUAUGAUACUGAAGUCCCUCUACAAAAUGACAUAGCUGUAGUAAUGGUGAAUUCUGUUAUAAGUUUCAGCGAAGAAGUCGGACCAGCUUGUCUUCCCUUUGAGCAUCAGUCUGAUUCUUUUGCAGGAAGUUAUGUGGAUUUAUUGGGUUGGGGAUUGACAGAAUUCUCAGGAAUGAAGUCGAAUACUUUGCAAAAAGUUAUGAUAAGCGUGAUCACGAACCGGCAGUGUCGUCAACAGUAUCCGGGUAUUUCAAAUGAUCAUAUAUGUACUUAUGCGGAGGGAAAAGACGCGUGUCAGUUUGACAGCGGCGGUCCCGCUCUUUGGCAGAAUCCUUCGACGAAACGGGAGGUUCUCGUAGGUGUUAUCAAUGCCGGAAUGGGUUGCGGCAGUACUAAAGCAGGAAUUAACAUGCGUGUCGGCGCAUACAUAGAUUGGAUCUUGAGUGUAACACCGGGUAUCAAUUACUGCAUGCCCGAAUAA